AUGAUAAAGAAUAUUUUAAUUACAGGCACCAAUCGAGGUAUCGGUUUUGGUAUUGUGAAGCAUCUUAUUUCAAAUUCACCAAAUCCUGAACUUAUUUUUGCUGGUUAUCGUGAUGUUAAUAGAUCUCAAGAAUUAUUAGAUUUAGCAAAACAACAUUCGAAUAUAAUUAUUCCAAUUCAAAUUGAUGUCAGUAAUGAUGAAAGUGUUAAUAAGGCAAAAAUUGAAGUCGAAAAGAAAUUAGGAAAUGAUCGAGGUCUUAAUUGUUUAAUAAAUAAUGCCGGUGUAGGUAAGAAUAUCAAAUUCAAUGAUAUUAACGAAAAAAAUAUGUUUGAUGCAUACAGACAUAAUGUUCUUGGAGCAUGGCGAGUAACAAAGGCAUUUUUACCUCUCGUAGAAAAAGUAGUUACUGAUGAACGAAAUGUUCUUCAAGCUAGUAUUAUUAAUAUAUCAACAAAUCUGUCUUCAAUGGCAAUGGCUUCAACUCAAUCAUAUUUUGCUUAUGAUUAUCAAUGUUCAAAAGCAGCAUUGAAUAUGUAUACUGUAUGUCAUGCAACAGAAUUGGCUAAAUCAAAUAUUUUUAUUGCUUUACUUCAUCCUGGAUGGGUACGAACUGAUUUGGGUGGUAGAAGAGCACCAUUGAGUAUUGACCAAGCAUCGAAAAAUAUUAUUGAUUGUAUAACUGCUAUGAAAAAUGAACAUUAUGGAAAAUUAAUUGAUUCUACGAAUGGUAGUAAAUCUGCCGCUGCCACUCUAGUAUUUUGGGUUAAAACAGAAAUGGACAUAGAUAAAGCUUCAUUAACAAUCGAUGUUGCACCUAAAAAUAUUUUAAAAUGUUUACAAGCAAUAACAAAUGAAUAUUAUGGUAAAUUAAUCGAUGCACGUGAUGGAAAAAAAUUGACUGUUGUAUCUUUUUAA